ACUCCUCUCUGAUGAACAAUAUUUUUGGGGGGCAUUCAUUCACUAAAAAACAGAAAACAACAAGUAAACUUCUAUCCUCACAAGUUACAUAUACAACACAAAGCUUUUAUUACUUUUGUGCCUUCUUUCACACUUUGUAACCCCCUGUUUUUCUUGUUUGUUUUCUGCUCAUUUUUCAUUUCCAUCUCUGGAUUUCUUGCACAUCUUUCUAUCUUUCUCUGAUUCUUGCAAGAAACCCACAUGGGUUCUGCUAGAUUGCUAGCUGUUUGAUCCGUUAUAUACCCUUUUCAGCACAAGAACUCAGACACAUUCUGCUUGCAAGAAAUUUGGAAGAAAUUUUUGAGAUUUCAGAUGGGUCUGAAAAGAAAUUAGAUGGAAGGAGGGGUGAAUUUGAGGAACUGGGCAGAUCUAUUGCCUGAUGCACUUGGAUUAAUAUUUAGCAACUUAUCACUUCAAGAAACACUCACAGUUGUUCCGAGAGUGUGCAAAUCAUGGAACCAAGCGGUCUCGGGUCCUUACUGUUGGCAACAUAUCAACAUUCUUGACUGGAGUUAUCGGUCAAACCCGGAUCACAUUGACCAUAUGCUCCGGCUACUUGUUACCAGAAGCGGUGGUGCCCUCCGCGAGGUCACCGUCUCAGGCAUUCUGAAUGAUCUCACUUUCUCAUUUCUUGCAGAUCAUGCGCGAUCGCUACAAACAUUGCAGAUUCCAAGAUGUAACAUCACGGAUACGAUAGUGGAACAAGUAUCAAGCAAGCUUUCAGCGGUCACAUUCAUGGACUUAAGCUACUGCUGCAAGAUAAGUGCUCGUUCACUAUCGGCAAUAGGAGAGUCUUGCAAGGCACUUGUAGGGUUCCGCCGCAAUAUGCACCCUAUAGACUUAAAAGAGCGGUGGCCACAGGUGGAGGAGGCGGUGGCCAUCGCUACCACCAUGUCCAAGUUGAAGCACCUUGAACUGGCGUAUAAUUGUAUAGACACCGAAUGCGUAGUGGAGAUUAUAAACCGGUGUGACCGACUAGAGUUUUUGGAUGUUAGAGGGUGUUGGGAUGUGAAGUUGGAUCAAGAUUGGCUCGAGAAGCGGGCUCUAAUGAUCAAGGUGUUGGGCCCACAUGUCGUGGAUCAAUUCGAGGGUCAUAGUUGCUCGGAUUCGGACUCGUUAUUUGAUUAUGAAAGCUUGGAUGAUGGAUUAUGGGAUGACGACGAUGAUGAUGAAGACGAUGAAGAUCCGGUUGGAGGGAGGUUGGAACUUAGGUUUUAUGAAGGGUUUGGUGAGAACUAUGGGAAUGGUUGGGUUUGAGGGAUUUUGGGAAAAGAAAUAUUGUAUCAUCCUAAACUUCCUUAAAAAUAAUCCUCCAAACUUAUUAUAUUUGGUAAAACUUUGAAGGAUAUGAUAUUUACUUUUUUGGAAACUACUUGUUUCUAAAGACUUGGAAAGGCGUCAAAUUUUAGUAAUGUGUGAUAUAUGAUGGUUGUUUGAAGGGUUUGUUUAUGUAA